AUGUCGGACUACAGGAGGCCUCAAGAGCGUUUUGGGGACUUGACCGCAACUGGCCUUGUUGGGACCGAGUGUGCCCAAAGAGUGCGGGAGUGGGCAUACCAAAACAAGCGAAUUGUAGUUAGUGAAGACAGAACUCGCAAAGAGAAGUAUUGUGAAUCCACCAAGAACUGUUUAUCGACUGAAAAAAGCGAAGAAAAUGUAUUUCAGAAAUACGAGAAGUACUUCUUAACGUUUGGGGCACGUAUAGAGAAAUGGCCGGACGAAGCAUUCAAAAUAGAAAGUCGGAGGAGUGUGCGUGACAGAGUCAACGACGCUAUUCGGAGUCGUGUGGAGUGCCCAAAAUAUAUUAAAUCGAAGAUUGUAGCGAUGACAUCACUCCGUGUUGCACUUCAAAAGAUCAGAGAUGGGAGUUUUGAGAUGCCACAAGAGCUUGAAGAGAUGUAUGUAAAUGGAUGGGAGACAAGCUGUGACGUGAUUCUGCUCAAAGAAAUUGAACGAUUUGGAUUUGAGUAUUAUGAGGGGUAUAUUGAGAACGACUGUAUCAAAUACGUCUUGAGUAAAAUCAUGAAAUUAUCAUACGAACAACAAAUAAAUUUUUUAAAGCAAAGGUGUUCGAUUUUACUCAAAUGUUUAGUUCUGAGAAAACUAUAA